AUGUCUACUCUUUGCACACUCUCCAAUACCACCAAGUCCUCUCGACGGUUGCGGGUGGACGGCGAAGGGGGUGAAAGCCACAACGCGACUCAAUAUGACGGCCCCAUUCACGACGACGAGUUCUGGCUCGAAGACGGCAAUGUCAUCCUCACCAUGUUGCCUUCAAAGUCUAUCGCGGACUGCACCAUCCAGGCAAGCUCCAUCUACGACGGAUCACCUACCGUCGUGCUCAGUGACGCGCCUGCGACGUUGCGGCAUCUACUACGCGCUGUGAUGUCCACGACAAUUCAUUUAUUGCCCGACCCUCCCGGACACUACUCGAUACAUCAGUUGUCCGCCCUCGUCCGCCUCGGUAACAAGUACCAGAUGGAGCACGUUCAGGUGCACGCCCUUGCGGCGCUCAAGACCUAUUUUACGGCGAAUCAGUGUAGCUUCACCCAUCCGAUCAUUCAACACUUCUCGGUGAGGAGCAAGACUUGCGGCAUUGAAGCCAUCCACCUCGCCCGGCUCACCAAUACGCCUUCGAUGCUCCCGGUCGCCUUCUACACAUGCUCUUGGGUCGCGGGCGACAUCGCAGACGGCUGGACGCGUGAAGACGGGUCCAUCGUCCACCUCAGCGGACCCGACCUGAAACGGCUCAUCAACGGCCUCGCGCCGCUCCGCCAACGGAUCGCGCGGCUCUGGGAGAAGGCGAUGACCAACGCUCAGAAGGCGCUGCCAGAUUGCGUAACCUGCGAAACGUCGACCUGUGCAUGCGGGAGCUGA